AUGACGCCUCUAAAGUUCCAAGGGAUUCAGCCAUAUCUUCCUGAGAAUAAGCUCGAUGACUGGGGGCUGACUGUGGAGCAGCAGGAGGCGAACGUGGAGCAGUUCCGUCAGCUUCUGGAGUCCAGGGGCCUGUGGCGCAAGCAGGACCAUGACUACUAUGCGCUGCUGCGCUUCCUGCGCGCCCGCAACUACGAGCUCGACAAGGCCUUCAAGAUGUGGAGCGACACCAUCGCCUGGCGCAGGGAGUUUGACGUGGACACGAUCCUGGAGGACUUUGUGUUCAGGGAGCGGGAGCAGUUCCUCAUGGCGUACCCGCAAGGGUACCACAAGACAGACAAGCUGGUGCGGCCCGAGCCUGAGCUCUGCGGGGCGGCCUCUGGCCGCCCCAUCUACAUCCAGCUGCUGGGCAAGAUUGACAUAAACACGCUCAAGAAGAUCACCAGCGAGGAGCGCAUGGUCAAAUUCCACAUCCAGGAGUACGAGCGGUGCGGGCAGUUCAUCUUCCCAGUGUGCUCCGCCAUCGCGAAGCGCCAGAUCGACCAGACAUUUGGCAUCAUGGACGUCAAGGGCGUGGGCCUGAGCCACCUGACGGGCGAGGUCAAGCGCCUCGUCAGCAUGCUGACCAAAUACGACCAGGACAACUACCCCGAGAUGCUCGGCCGCAUCUGCAUCAUCAACGCCCCCAUGGUCUUCAAGGCGGUCUGGGCCCUCAUCAAGCCGAUGCUCAACCCCCGCACACUCAACAAGAUCCAGAUCUGCCAGAGCAACUACACCGCCGACCUGCUGGAGUGGGUGGACCCAGAGAACCUGCCGGUGUGGCUCGGCGGCCGGUCCAAGGGCACGCUGCUGGACGAUUUGGGCCCCUGGUCUGACCCCGAGGUGCUGCGCCGCCUGCAGGGCCACCUGCCCGCCGCCGCCCGCGCGCUCAAGGCGCUGCACCAUGGCGCUGGGGACGGCGGCGGCGGCGGCGGCGGCGCGGCGGCCGCGGAGGGGGCGGACGAGGACGGCUACCACUCGCCCAGGCGCGUGCGGCGUGAGGAGGGCGGCGGUUUUGGGACCCUUUUCGCGCCGCGCCACGCGCGCAUCGCAUGGCGUGGCAGGGGCAGGGGAAGGGUCCCCACACUGUCCGAGGCUUCUUUUGUGUCUGCUCUCUCCACGAGCAGCAGCCUCAACCCCGAGGCCUUCGGGCCCAACCUCUUUGCGCGUGCCUCGCUCGAGGGCGGCUGCGGCAAGAAGGCGCCGCUCAUAUCAGCCUCGAGCUACGGCCAGCAGCAGCAGGGGCAGCAGCAGCAGCAGCAGCAGCAGCAGCAGCAGCAGGGGCAGCAGCAGGGGGCGGGCGCGCCGCGCGGCGGGGGCGCGGCGGGUGCGCUCGAGCGGCUGUCGGCGCAGGAGGGCGGCGAGGUGGAGGGCAGCAGCUCGGAGCGCAACGCGCUCAUCGCGGCGGUCAACACGGCCAGGGCGCAGUCGCUGCUGGAGCGCACCCAGGCGCUCGAGCAGCUGUACGCGCAGCAGAUGCAGCGGCUGCGCGGCUACAUGCCCGCGGCCGCGUACGAGCGCGUCGCGGAGCGCCGGAUGGCGGCGCCGCAGGGCAGCCUGCUGGGGCGGGUGGACGCGCUGGAAGAGGCCCUCGAGCUGCUGCUGCGCGCGCAGGACCUGGCCUGGCAGGAGGAGGAGCGGCGGCGCGCGCGGGACAGCUGCUGCGGCGGCUGCAGCAUCUGCUGA